UUGUGAUUGGGUCAUGAAAUUGGCUAUUCGUUAUUUAUUGUUAGCUACAUUAGCCUCUUAGCAAACCAGCCCGAAAACAAAAAACAAAACUUAACAUUGUAUUGCACGCAUUAAUUGGUGACCGGAAUAAAGCAGCAAUAUAAAACGUUAAAAUUACCAACGUGGUACAAAUACCAAGAAAAUAUAUCUCUUUACGGGCGCAACCAUUUUUGUUGAGAUGAAGACAAAAAGGGGGCGGUGCCUCCGAGAAAUGCCGCAAGAAAGCUGGGAGAUUUCCCGACUUGCCCCUCGGAAGGCUGGCGUCCGAGGAAUCUGGAACACACCAGUUAGUGCGUAAUGACAUCAAUCGACGCCUGGAGGAGUGAUUGACAGUUGGACUGAAGAGAAACAGUGACAGACAGCAGCAAGCAUCCAGCUGAGUGCAUAUCUCAUCACUAUCCGUGAGACCUCAUACAUUCAGAUAUACCAGAUAUUUGGAUAAAGCAUCUCAUUCUCGUGGUUUAGCCACACGGUUGUAAACCCAACCUGGAGGGCAAGAUAAGGAACGGGGUUUACUCCAGUAAGAGAAGGACUUCAUUCUGCGCUCCAGUGCGCUGACUCCACGGGGAUGGCAGCUGUACUGGCAGCUCUCUCAUGCGCUAGCUGGGUGCCCUGCCUGUGCAGCAGUGCCUCCUGCCUGGUGUGCAGCUGCUGCCCCAACAGCAGGACCUCCACGGUGACCCGGGUCAUCUACGCCUCCAUCCUGCUGCUGGGCACCGUGGUGGCCUGCAUCAUGCUGGCCCCCGGCGUGGACCAGCAGCUCAGACGGGUCCCUGGGCUGUGUGAGGGUGGGGCGGGCCCCUCGGCCCCGGGCCUCGGGGGCCCGCUGAGGUGUGACCUGCUGGUGGGCUACAAGGCGGUGUACCGCGUGUGCUUCGGCAUGAGCCUGUUCUUUCUGCUGUUCGCCCUGCUCACCUUCAACAUCAAGAGCAGCCGGGACGGCCGCGCCGCGCUGCACAACGGGUUUUGGUUCUUUAAGAUCGCUGCCAUCGUGGCUCUCAUAGUCGGUGCCUUUUACAUUCCUGAUGGGGCUUUCACUAGAACGUGGUUUGCAGUGGGCACAUCGGGAGCGUUCUUCUUCAUUCUCAUCCAGCUGGUGCUGCUGGUGGACUUUGCCCACUCCUGGAACGAGGCCUGGGUGGACAGGAUGGAGACGGGGAACCCCAGGGGCUGGUACGCAGCGCUGCUUGGGGUGACGCUCUUCAACUACGUCAUGUCCCUGGUGGCUGUGGCGCUGUUCUACUCCUACUACACCAAGCCGGACGACUGCACUAUCAACAAGUUCUUCAUCAGCUUCAACCUGUGUCUCUGCCUCGUGGCGUCAGUCCUCUCUGUGGUUCCCAGGGUGCAGGAGUCUCAACCGCGGUCUGGUCUCCUUCAGUCGUCCAUCAUCACCCUGUACACCAUGUUUCUGACCUGGUCGGCCAUGACUAACGAACCUGACCCCGUCUGUAACCCGGGCCUGCUCAGCAUCUUCCAGCAGAUUGCGGCCCCCAGCACAGCCCCCCUGGAGCUGGAGAACCAGACGUCGGUGAUCAUCGUGGGCACGGAGGAGCCCGUCCUCACCGCCCCCCACCUGCAGUGGUGGGACGGCCAGAGCGUGGUGGGUCUGGCCAUCUUCAUCCUCUGCAUCCUCUACUCCAGCAUCCGCUCCUCCAACACCAGCCAGGUGAACAAGCUGACCAUGGCGUCCAGGGACUCGGCCGUGCUGGCGGAGAGCGAGGGCAGGGCGGGCGAGCUGUCGGGGGAGGAGGGGGAGGGUCCGCGGCGCGUGCGGGACAACGAACAGGACCUGGUGCAGUACAGCUACUCCUUCUUCCACUUCAUGCUGCUGCUGGCCUCGCUCUACAUCAUGAUGACACUCACCAACUGGUACAGCCCUGACGCAGAGUACACCGCCUUGACCAGCAAGUGGCCCACGGUGUGGGUGAAGAUCUCCUCCAGCUGGGUGUGUCUGGCCAUCUACACCUGGACGCUGGUGGCCCCCCUGGUCCUGUCCAACCGAGACUUCAGCUGAGGCUGCUCUGAUCGCCAUGUUUGUUAUUGUCCUGGUUUGGACAUCUCAGAGUCAGCGUUGUCAUCGUUCUGCUUCUUCGUUUGUCAUAUCCUUGAGCCUCAGUAUAAGCCAUAAAGAGAGAGAUAUAUUUUUAAAGAGUUUAUCAAAACCAAAGGUCCACUCCAAUAUCUGGGAGCUGAUCGUAGGGUAAAGUACUCGUUUAUGACCAUGUUGUGUGUUUAAAUGACCUAUUCUAAAAGGGUCUGAGCUUUGUGUUGCUUACUUCAGUGUCUAACUGUCUAAAAACCGAUUACAUUGCAUCACAGCAAUAAAACCACACCUUAUUUUCAUAUGGACCUGUAGCAGUUUACAACAUGAAUAUUGUCAACCAGCCAGUCAGUCUGAUAAGCAUGCUUAAUAGAGCUGUAUGCUGUGCCAUUCAGUGCCUUAGAUGUUCUAAAAACAAGUGUCGAACGGAAAUGUUGUGUAAUUCAUAAUAUAGAUAUUAGAUACAAUUAUCUUAAAAUAUUUUAGGGUUUUUUGAAGGGUUUGUAAAGUACCAAGACAUAAUUCACCAUUAUGUACUCUAAUAAUAUUAAAGAUUAUAUAAUACAAUUAAUACCAUAACUUAACAUCUUCAACUUGAACCAUAAUAGAAUAUUGUUCAUAUUCCAAUUGUAACGGGAAUAUAAACUAAUAGUAUGAUCCUAAAAUACAUAUAAUUAAUCCAAAAGAUUUUAAUAUGAUUACAAAAACCUCUAAAAUAACCAUGGUUUGUGCUUCCAACUUGAAUUAUAUGAAACGUUGAUAAAAAAAUGCCUUUACUUGCCUUGCAUGCAUUUGCUGUAUUAGUUUAUGCUGUUGGAUAUAUCAAAUGCUGCGGUUGACCUUUACACCAUAUUGCAUUAAACCAAUGUAAUUCAUUUAUUUUUCAUGGAAAUGCUUAUCUCAGCUUUUUGAAAGAAUAAAGAUGACUUUGGUUACUUA